AUGGACGACAAGCUUGAGGCAGGACACUUGGAAAGCAAGUGUGAACUUGAAGGACGGUGGCAGCUGGAGAUGGGAAGUAUCUGGAUUGAUGUGAUGGUUAAUCUUGGAGGGACCAAUGAACUGAGGGUGACUCUUGAAGAGGCAUUGCUGUGGUCUGAGUCUGUGGAUAAUGUACUUUAUCACAAAGCUGGCCAGGUGGUUUUCAGAAACUUCCUCAGGAAAGAAUUCAGUGAGGAGAACAUUGACUUCUGGCUUGCCUGUGAGGCUUACAGGAAGAUCAAUUCUCCUGAGAAGAUGGCUUCUACUGCCAGGAAGAUUUACUCUGAAUUCAUAAAAGUUAAGGCCCCUAAAGAGAUUAACAUUGAUUUUACAACACGGGAGAAUAUCACCAAAGGCAUCAAUGAGCCCACACAGUCCAGCUUUGAUGCAGCGCAGAAUAUCAUUUAUAGCCUGAUGGCAAAGGACCCUUACCCCAGGUUCCUGAAAUCAGACAGCUACCUGGAGCUGAUAAACAAGAAGAAAAACAACCAACAGAAGUGA